AGGGAGAGGGGAGAGAGAGAGAGAGAGAUCUGUGCGUGUAUUUAUUUCGAAAGCAAAACAAUAAGGAAAGCGGCGAUGAGGAGCUUCUCAAAAUUGCUUACUCGAAUCGUUCGAAGAGAACUCCACAGAGAAGAUAAGGCCAUGUUCUCCAUUCGUCGCCUCUUCUUUGUUUCAUCUACAAGAGCUUCUUUGUUUCAGCAGAAUCAAAACACCUUUAACGCGUCCAAUUCGUUAAGAUCAUUUCCCACAUCAUCAUUCAACUCCACAAAUUGGGGCCUUUUUGGAGAACAGAAAAGGAGCAUGUUUAUUCAGACCCAGUCAACACCCAACCCUUCAUCUCUUAUGUUCUACCCUGGGAAGCCAGUUAUGGAAGUUGGAAGUGCAGACUUUCCAAAUGCUCGUUCAGCCAUGAAUUCUCCUCUGGCAAAAGCUCUCUAUGGCAUUGAUGGAAUUACUCGAGUUUUCUUUGGAUCGGAUUUUAUAACUGUGACAAAGUCUGAUGAUGUAUAUUGGGAUCUCUUAAAACCUGAAAUUUUUGCAGCAAUAAUGGACUUCUAUACUUCUGGACAGCCACUGUUUCUAGAUUCCAAUGUCGCAGCUUCCAUGGACACUGCUAUUCAUGAGGAUGAUUCAGAAACUGUUGCUAUGAUCAAAGAACUACUUGAGACUCGUAUCCGACCAGCAGUUCAAGAUGAUGGAGGGGACAUUGAGUAUCGAGGAUUUGACCCAGAAACUGGAGUGGUCAAGCUAAGGAUGCAAGGUGCCUGCAGUGGCUGUCCUAGUUCAUCUGUGACCCUGAAAUCAGGCAUUGAAAACAUGCUAAUGCAUUAUGUACAAGAGGUUAAAGGUGUUGAACAAGAACUAGAUGAUGAAGAGGAAGCAGUAAAUCUUACCAGCCAGAUGGAUUAACUUGCAUUAAAUGUUGACACUAAAACCCUGCAGUGAACCCAACUGUAUCUAGAGCUUCUGAUGGAAGGAGCAGCUUGUGUUUUCAGAAGAUUCGUGUGGGAAUAUUAUUGCACAGUAUAGCAGUGCACACCACGUCUGUUCUCUUCUCAAAUGUCGUCAGUGUAAUAAAUUAUCUAUUGGGAAUGAGUAAGAAAUCAGGGUGUUUAAAAGCACUGUAUUUUACAUUUUUGCCAUGUUAGACUCAGUUUUACCAUCGAUGGUAUGUAUGUUUGAUUGUCCAUAGAAGGUGGUUUUAUUAACA